AUGGAUUUCAAGGAAUGUGGAUAUAGCCUGGCAAAUAAGGAACAGAUGAGAAAAACAUCUGCUCUUACUUUUCAGUCAACCGAGAAAGAUGCGAAAAAAGAUACUCAUUUUGAGAAUUUAAUGACUAAUUUAUCAAACGCGUAUGCUUCAGAUUUGUUGCCAUUCAAGGAUGGCAAAGAUUUAACAGAGUGUUUUCUGCUACAAGUGGUAGAUAUUCUUCUGCAUUACAUCAAAAAAAGCUUUGAUGUUAAGAGUAAAAUACUGGAUUUUCAUCAUCCUCAUCAACUUCUUGAAGGUUUGGAGGGAUUUAACUUAGAACUGUCUGACCACCCAGAAUCUCUGGAGCAGUUACUUGUUGAUUGCACAGAUACCUUAAAAUAUGGUGUUAAAACAGGGCAUCCUCGCUUUUUAAACCAGCUCUCCAGUGGGCUAGAUGUGAUUGGACUUGCAGGGGAAUGGUUGACAGCCACUGCAAAUACCAAUAUGUUUACAUAUGAAAUAGCUCCAGUAUUUACAGUCAUGGAGACAAUUCUUCUCAAGAAAAUGUAUGAAAUUAUUGGCUGGGGAGAAACAGAGGGAGAUGGAAUAUUUUCACCUGGUGGGAGUAUAUCAAACCUCUAUGGCAUAUUAAUAGCCCGUUAUAAACAAUAUCCAGAGAUAAAAAGAAAAGGCAUGACUGAACUUCCAUGCAUCGUAUUAUUUGUUUCUGAGCAAGGUCAUUACUCAGUAAAAAAAGCUGCAGCAAUCCUUGGUAUCGGGACUGAUAAUGUAAUUGAAGUAAAAUGUGAUGAAAGGGGAAAGAUGAUUCCAGCUGAGUUAGAGAAAAAUAUAUUACAAGUUAAAAGAAAGGGCCAAACUCCUUUUUGUGUCACUGCCACAGCUGGCAGCACAGUGUUGGGGGCCUUCGACCCUCUCCAGGACAUCGCAGAUAUUUGUGAGAGGCACGGACUCUGGAUGCAUGUGGAUGCAGCUUGGGGAGGUGGAUUGUUGCUGUCCAGAAACUACUCCCAUAAACUCAGUGGCAUUGAAAGGGCCAACUCCGUGACCUGGAAUCCACAUAAACUCAUGGGUGUCCCCCUUCAGUGCUCUGCUAUCCUGAUCCGGGAAAAAGGUCUUCUGGAAGCUUGCAACCAGAUGCAAGCUAGAUAUCUUUUCCAGCCUGAUAAACCCUACAAUGUUGACUUUGACACUGGGGAUAAAACUGUUCAGUGUGGGCGACAUGUUGAUAUCUUUAAGCUUUGGUUAAUGUGGAAAGCAAAGGGAACCUCUGGCUUUGAGGCACAGAUCAACAGAUACAUGGAACUUGCAAAAUACUUCUAUAAGGUUUUAAAGAAAAAAGAUAAUUUUAAGCUUGUGUUUGAUGCAGAGCCUGAGUUCACCAAUGUCUGCUUCUGGUAUCUCCCACCAAGACUUAAACAUAUCCCAAAAGGUUUUGAAAGAGAUCAAGAACUCCAAAAGAUUGCUCCAAAGAUUAAGGCACAGAUGAUAGAGGAAGGCACAGCCAUGAUAAGCUACCAGCCAUGUGGGGACAAAGUAAAUUUUUUUCGAAUGGUCUUUUCUAAUCCUGCUACAAGACAAACAGAUGUUGACUAUCUUAUUGAUGAAAUUGAAAGGCUUGGGAAGGAUUUAUGA